UGACAGGGACAAGGAUGGCCGUGGUGAUGGCCACUGGGGACAGCCUGGACCUGAGUGAGGAGUGGCAGGACGAGGACUUCCCUGGGCCCCUGCCGGAGGGGUGCCCGGGGGCCGGCGGUGCCCCGCAGCGCAUGCGGAGGCGGCUGCCGGCGCUGGAGUGGACCGAGAGCACUGAGCGCUCACCGGACGCCAGCAUCGACAUCGACCUGGAUGCGCUGGAGACGCCCUCGGGCAGCGACAGCUUCGAGUGGGAGGGGUGCUACGCUAACCGGCUGCCCGCAGAGGAGCUGAUGCACACCUGGAGCUUUGCCAAGGGGGCUGGCAGCCAGCGGGUGCCAGACAUGGAGGACAAGCAGCCAGAGGAGAGUGUGGAUCUGAGCGCAGUGGAGCCCUACAGCGGGGUCCUCACCCAUGGGGGGUACCAUGGUGAGGGCUUCGGUGCCAUCCUGCUUUUCGCUGCCUGCCACCUCCCAGACAACAGCAUCCCCCAGUACGGCUACGUGAUGGAGAACCUGCUCAGGUACAUUGUGGGCACCCUGGAGAGGAUGGUGGCCGACCGCUACGUCCUGGUGUGCCUGACUGGGGCGGCAGCACGGGGACAGAUCCCCUCCUUCGGCUGGAUGAAACGGUGCUACCAGGCUAUGGAUCGGCGGCUCCGGAAGAACCUCCAGGCUGUGAUCAUUGUCCACCCCACCUGGUACAUCAAGGUGCUUGUGACGCUCUCCCGGCCCUUUCUCAGCCCCACCUUCAGCGGCAAGGUCCGGUUCGCUGCCAGCCUUCGGGAGCUCUCCCAGCUCAUCCCCUUGGAGCCCACGCAUGUCCCCGAGCCCGUCCGGCGGCUGGAACCAAGCUGGGAUGGCAGCCGGGAUGUGAUACGGUGA